AUGGAUCGUGGACUUCACGUCUUCAUCCAUGAAGAACAACGAUUCACAUCCUUUAACGCAUCCUCGCUUCCUCCCGUGGUCCCUCCUAUCCCGCGACCCUGGAAUCCACACCUCGAGUCUGAUUCUUCACCUGAAAACAUCAAAGACGUAUUGACUACGCAGUGGGCAUAUGAAACGCGCCCAUGGUUCCCUCUCAUUCCAACGAACCCCAUUUUCGAUGGCGCUGUCUUCAGUUGCCUCAAUCAUUCAUUUUACUCCCUACCCAUCGAAUCAACGCCGGAUGGCCGUCAUAUCCUGCGGGGAGAUGUUAGACAACAAUGGGAGACUUUAGAGCAGAAGCUCCUCUGGUGCCAGGGACGUUUAGCUGCGAAUAUGCACUUCCCUUGGUAUGGCCAAUUUCCACGAGCUCCGAGAGACUACGGGUACUUAAGGUCCCACGUCGAUGUAACGCUUGCGAAGAAAGUUGCUUUAAGAUCACGCGAUGCAUUCUUAGGUGUCUCAGCUCUCUGUACAUAUUUUAUCAUGACUCGUCGGUAUAGACCUCACAAGGAGUCGUCUAGCUGGACCGAUCUCUUAACCAAUGACGCUCGAUGUCCAAUACCCUCUACGUGGGUGACUGAACUCUCCCGCACAUUCGUUGGGGAUCUUACGGAUGGCGUACCACGCACUGGUAUGAUCAUAAACGCCGCCUACGGUCUAUCCUGGGACACAGAUGUCCUUAUGUUUGAACACUACCAAGUUCCAAUCUGGGUAUAUUGGCCUCCCAAUGUCUUACCCAAUAAGACUUGGAACCGCUAUCUUCCCUCAGCCGAAAAUAUUGCUGCAGCAACUCACGCAAGUUGGGGCGGCUCGCAGGGCGGCAAUAAUCAGCGGGGCAUCCGGCCGGAUGAUAACCCAUGGGGCGCCCAGUCUAAUGAUGCUCCGUGGGGCGCUCAGUCUCAGUCAAACGACUCGGAGCAGACCCCAGUAUCCGCUGUGCAAUCCCAGCCAGAUUUGUCUUGUUUUCCACUUCCCAAUAGAAAUAGCGGGCAGAGGCAUGGCGAAGAUUGGGAGGCAUUCUUUGCCCACCGGGCCAUGCAGAACAAGAAGAAGGAGGAGAAGGAGACACCCUCACACAAACAAGCACGACUGAGUCGUGAACGUUCAGCGGAGAACCACAGAAUUCCUGGGAAGUCCAGCACGAUUCAGGUCUUUGAAUGGCAGCCUCAAGACGAUUAUAAUGGCUUCAUGUUGCGCACCCACAUUACAAAGGCUGGAGUACAGGACGUCUGGGGGGAUUACAACAAAUUUACCAGGAUCUUCGACUCCUUCUCCAAUCAGUGGGAUCUGUGUCUUGCCCUUGAUCCAACUAGCAUGCCUGACGGUGACGACCGAGAAGACGACGACGACAUCAUGCCUCCGCUGCCUACAACUGCCCUUGUUGAUGUUCCACCUCCGGCCCCUUCCAGUUUCAUGAACGAUAUAUACAUGUACUUUGGCAGUAAUGUCUCGCUUUCAUCGAGGCACAAGGACAUUGAAGGAAUUGUCCCCGUCUUGCACUACUACUUUGGAUAUCGACCUACGGCGCCUAGUUCUGCUCCCCUCUAUGCAUCCAUACAGUUACACGAGUGGAUUAAGAAAACCAAUUGGGAUCACCUCCGCAAGCUCCUUGGAGAUUCAGCCGCAGAAACAGGCUCGAUCGCAGCGCCACAACGCCAAAGCAUCACGAAUUUCAUUGCAUAUCUGGUGAACUUGAAGGAGUCUGACUUAGGCGUUAUCCCGCCUGAUGUUUGGGACCUAGGACCCGACCCAUCUCUACAAAUUACACAUGCUUAUAUCCGAGUCUCUUGCGUUAAUCUAUCACAACGUCGGUACUACAUAGUCGAGCCCCGCCAGUCCCCAAAUCUUCUCUUCUGGACAUUGGCCAUCCCCAACCCCAUCACUGCUGUGAUGUGCCUGUGA